UGGGCAACACUACUGACAGCCAGCACCUACACAGAAUCUUAAGGGUCAUGGAUUUGAUUGCCCAUUUCCAACUGUCCUUUCACCCUCUGCCUUCUCUGCUAUCACUGGACUGUCCCUGUAUUAAAAGCAAUGGAAAUACCUCAAAAGAAGUCAGUGGUAGUGGAAUUGAAAUGUUGGAUUUCUAGUAUGUUUUUCGUUUUCUCUCUCUCUCUCUGAAGAUUUUAAUAUGCAGAGGCUUGAGGACCUUCUAUGGGAUUCAAACAGCAUUGAUGGGCAAGAUUUUGCUCAGCAGCCAUCUUUGUCCAGUUGGUGUCAAAGACAAAAAGGGGUCCAACAAUGUUGGCAACAGGCGAGGCCACAAAACAUUCACAACUUGUUGUCAGCUGAGAACAUUGUCCAGAUGAAGUGCAACCACUGUCACGUGGCAGAAGCCAUCAUCCGUUGCAGGGAAUGUUUGCCCUCAGAGUGGUUUUGUGCAGAGUGUGAUCAAUUGGUACAUAAACGCCACACUCUGCACAGUAGGCAGACCACCAUGUAUGGCUUUUAUAAAUACAUUCCCCCAACAGAGUUUGUGAAACUCCAUGAUGAUAAGUACAUCAUCUGUGAACAAGAUUGUUUGCUGCCAACAGCCUAUCCUCAAAAUAUAUGCUCCUGUGACACUGGUGAUGUUGCAAUCUCUGUUGGUAGAUCCAUCAUACUGGUUUGCAUAAAUGGCCGUUAUAAUCUUCACGUUCCGGUGCUAACAUGCAAACAUUGCAAUAAGCAAUGGGCUCCAGAAGUCAGUGACUUUGUAAGGAAUGGUUACUGGCCCGCUACCAUGCAAGCACAGACACUUUUCCACCAAGAUCUGUUCCAUUCCUUUGAAGCUAUGAAGACAACAGCUCCAGGAAUGUCAGUGAAAGCCUUCACAGCAAUGUUGGACCAGAGAACAAAGCGGUUUGGAAGAACUGGCAAAGUGAAUACAGAUGCUUUUCAGAGGAGCUUUCUGCAAUAUGUGUACUGCAACUCUGAAGAGGACCAACUUCUGGAAAAGGAGCCAUUUGUCUGUCCAGCCUGUAGUCCUGAAAUGGUGGCUGUUUCAGUGGAUGGCAACAGAAAACUCUACAGGUUCCAGAAAGCAAACCAGAGUGAAGAGCCAGGGUUCUUUGAUGGAGUGUUUUUAUCCCAAGACUCUGAGGUGUCCAGUUUUGUUGAGGAAGUCCGGGAGGCUGUCAAGAGUACAGCAGGAAGAGCGAUGUGUGGGGAAUCCCACUGGACAGCAGCAAGAGAGACAUCAAGGCAGGCCAACAAGUUGGAUGAAGAAGGUGUAGAAAUUGCUGUGUGCAGGCAUGGAUUCCUCCUCAAAGGUCUGAAUAUGUAUAGAGGAGAAAUCUUUGCAUAUCCAAUGUUUCUCCAAAAAGAGUUCCAGGGUGCUGCAUUUUUGGCCAUGGAUGUGACGUGCCGUUAUGUGCCAUACCUGGAGAAGGUGUCAGAGGCCCUGACUCAUCUUCAACCUCUUCAGAAAAUGAGACAUUGCUUGUCCGUAAUGCAUGCCAAAGCCCACAAUACAAAAUGCGAGAUUCUGUGGAAUGCAAGGAACCAGGAAGGUGCUGGAACCACUCUUGGUGAAGAAGUAGAGCAAGUCAAUAGUUUUCUCUCCAGAUGUGCCCUGACCACAAAGUAUAUGUCCAAGUCAGUAAGAACUGAUAUGCUUACUGUCCAUGCUAUUGGGUGGAAUCAACGUAAAGAGAAUGGCCUCCACAUUGCCUUGUCUUCCAGAUUCAAAAAGACAGUAGAAAACACCCUAGAUGCAACAGAGAGCCUGAAGAAGAUGCAGGACCAGUUGCAUUGCAGUGAUGACAUGCUAAAGCAGUGGGUUGUUGAUGUCAAGCAGUGGGCCAGUAGCGGAAAUGCAGCAGCCAGUUCUGUUAAUGCUUGUGGUUUGCAGAUCUCCAUCGAAGCACUCUUUGUGAGCAUUUGUCAGAAGAAGCACUACCUUUAUAGACAGAAUGAUCGCAACAAAAGGCGUCAGAAGAUUACUCAGAAGAUUGCCCAAGAAAAGAAGCGCUUGCUAGAUGAGAUCCAGAGAUACAACCAACAACCUGAUGGUGAUCCUGUGGACACACACUCAGUUGUGCAGAAACUUUCCAACAAAGCUGCAGAGAGCAUGAUCUGGCCUUGGCAGGAACAGAACACAGACGGUAUAGACAUUCUCGUCAAGAAGAAGCUUUUUGACCAACUAAUGCUGGUCUCACGACUGACAGAAGAAAAGCAGAUCCUUGUGAAGGAGAUGAUGCAGCACUGUCAGUACCUUAAGGACUCGGUUGCAAAGGUCCAGACACUGAUAGCCACCAUUUCAGAUUGCAUAAAAACAGGAAGCUAUCCCAAUGGAUUCACAGAGGAGGCGUCCAGGGGCCUCAUCAGUCUACUUAAGAGAAGACUGCAUAACCUCAGAUUUAAGCAGCAGACUGUAGCAUGCUCAUACAGAGGCAUUCUCGAACCAACUCCUAGGCUGGUGGAAGAAGAUGAAGGGGAAAUGGAGGAAAUGGACUGGCAACGUGACCUCAGCUCUGAGGAUGAGGAUGAUGAUGAGGAAGAUAAUGAGGCUGAGGUGGGGACUCAAGUCACUUGACUUGGGACUCAAGUCACAGUUGUAAUCCCUUUUGCUUUGACCUGUACUUUGAUGACUUGAAAAGAUCUUCUGUCAAGACUUUAGAAACCCUGUUUUUGUAAGUGAGUUAGAUUGAAAGUGACAAAGUGACUCCUCACUUGUUUGUUCCUGCAGUUAUCCGUAUUUUGCUACAUAUGCUCUCAGAUUAUACUUUUUUUUUAUGUUACUGGAAUUGUAAUAAUCAUGGUUAUGUUUGCAACUGAUAAUGUCUGUAAAUAUUUGCUGAUACCUGUAUAUAUGUGUAUGGAAACAGAAAUACAAAUUUGAUUUGUCAUCAGACUGAGUUGACUUUGGCUCAUCACACAUCAACCCUUACAAAAAGAGAGAACUGGGAGCUUUCAGAUUCAACCUGAACUACCAACAUUUUGGAACAUUAGAGGUCACUGACACCAGGUCACAUAUUAAGAUAGAUGUAUGAAACUUACAUACUGUACACUGAUAGUUACUGGCAGUGUAAUAUACUUCAAUACUGACAAUGUAAAACCAUUGUAGUUAUUGUCUAAAUAUAUAUCAUCCAAUAGUUAACCAAAUGUUAAACAGAUGAUCGGUUAGCAGGGUUGGGUCAGAUUGCUUUGAAUAUAAACAACAUGGCAAAAUUAAUAAUCAUCAGUUAUGCAAUUUACCUUUUAGCAACAACCCAACUUGGAAUAUCAUUUUAAGAAGCUCAGUGAUCUGAGGCCAUGCAGAGUAAAUGUUAUGACCAUAUCCAUCUGAUUAUCAACUCAUCCCAUGGUAGGAACAAGCCACAUAUAAGAUGUGGAGACUGUUCAUAUCAGUGUCAUCUUCAGAGAUACAUGUAGGAAACUUUAUAAACAGGGAUAUUGAGGCUACUACAUUAUAUAAUCCAGACCAUGUA